UGAAAGAAAUUAUCUUCGUGGUCAACUAGUGUGGAACCUUGCUAGUCCUCUUCCUUCAAAGCUGAAUAUAGAUCGAUAAACAAUUUGCCAAAAGAGCGUUGUAAUUAACAACUACCACUAUAUGGCUUCCUCCAAAUCGAGAACUAAGUGCUCUCUCUCCUUGUUCUUCUACAUCAUCGUCUUUCAUGUUAUCAUACAACAUGCAACACCACUCUCCUUCAGCUUCAACUUUUCUGAUCCCGAAACUUACGGGUCGAAUAUCAAAUUGCAGUCCGACGCUUUCUGGAACGGGACUGUCAUCAAUCUUACGAAGGACACGCCCAGCAGCCAAGGCCGAGUGGUGUACGGCAAUCCGGUGCUUCUUUGGGACGACGCCACGGGCGAGGUGGCUAGCUUUCACACUAGCUUCUCUUUCGUCAUCCAAGCCAUGAACCUGAGCUUUUACGGGGAUGGGCUAGCGUUCUUCCUCUCCCCUUCCUGGCCGGUGUUCCCCAGCUUCGGCAGUGGUGGCUACCUCGGCCUCUUCGACGGUAGAACCGCUCUGAACUCGAUGCAGAAUCAGAUGGUGGCCGUCGAGUUCGACACCUACCGGAAUGACUGGGAUCCGAGCGCCUGUCACGUUGGUGUUGAUAUCAAUUCCAUCAACUCUACGGUGUACAAGGAAUUGCCGGAUAUCACCAGAAGCCGCACCUACGCGACCGCGUCAAUCGACUACGAUAACACUACGGAAUAUUUGAGUGUCUUGCUUUCUUUCCACGGUAAUCCGAACUACACUAGGCCUUUCCGCCUCUCUUACCUCGUUGAUUUGAAGGCAGUACUUCCCCACGAGGUGACCGUAGGCUUCUCAGCUGCCACUGGCAACGCCUUCGAGCUGCAUCAGAUCCUGUACUGGAAUUUCAGCUCAACUUUGGAAAGGAAGAGUAAUCGUACGAUUCCGAGCCCACCAACACAACCGGCCCCUCCGUCAUCAACUGACUCUGGCAAAAGUAAUGUCGGAGUUGUUGCCGGCUCGGCCGCCGGGGUAGUCGCUCUGCUCUGUUUGAUUGCGGCAGUUUGGUUUCUUUCGUCGCGUAAGAAGGCCAACACGGGGAAGGAAGAAGGCAGCAGCAAGGACAACGAGGAUGAUCUGAUCAACGAGGAGUUCCAGAGAGGUAGUGGACCCCAGAGGUUUCCUUACAGCGAUUUGGUUGCCGCGACAAACAACUUCGACGAGGCAGAGAAGCUUGGGCAGGGCGGCUUUGGUUCCGUGUACAAAGGGUUCCUGAGGUCCGCAAACCUUCCCGUAGCCAUCAAAAGAAUCUCCAAGGAGUCGAAACAAGGACUGAAGGAGUACACGUCCGAGAUCAAUACGAUAAGCCGACUGCGGCAUCCGAAUCUGGUGCAGCUCAUAGGCUGGUGCCACAGGCGCGGAGAUUUCAUGCUGGUUUACGAGUUGAUGCCCAACGGAAGCCUAGAUUCCUAUCUCUACAGUGAAGAGAGACUACUGCCGUGGACGGCGAGAUACAACAUAGCACAAGGCUUGGCCUCCGCUUUGCUGUAUCUUCACGCCGAGUGGGAGCAGUGCGUGGUGCACCGGGGCAUCAAGUCGAGCAACAUCAUGCUGGAUUCGUCGUUCAGCGCUAAGCUCGGCGACUUCGGGCUGGCGUGGCUUGUUGACCUUGACCGCGGCUCGCAAACCACGGUUCCGGCGGGCACCUUGGGAUACCUGGCCCCAGAAUGUUUCAUCACUGGAAAGGCCAGUAAGGAGACCGACAUCUUCAGCUUCGGUGUCGUCUUACUCGAAAUCGCUUGCGGGAGAAAGUGCAUAGUCCAGACAGAGGUUGGGAGGAAAGUUAGCCUGGUUGAGUGGGUCUGGGAUCUGUAUGGAAGGAAGUCAGUUCUUGAAGCAGCCGACGAGCGUCUGAACGGCGAUUUCGAAGAACCGGAAAUGGAGAGUUUGAUGGUUGUGGGGUUAUGGUGCGCCCACCCAAAUUAUAAUCGACGACCGUCGAUCAAACAAGUAAUCGGUGUUUUGCGCUUUGAAAUUCCAUUGCCUGCUCUUCCUCCUAAGAUGCCGGGGCUGGUGACCGCGCCGCCGCCGGCGGAUCUAUCAAGUUUCAAUUACACCUCAUCGUCAUCCACUGGAGCAUCGGCUACCGCCGUUUCUGUAUCUACUAACUCGACCGCUGCAUCUGAAUCCUCCUCAUCUUUGCUACUUAAAUAA